AUGGGCAUUGGACAUCGCGCUGACGAGCUCAUCCAGAUCGUGGGGUUCUUCGUCUCUAUAGCGUGGAUAGCUACAGCAUUGCGACUCUACGUGCGGGUGUUUCUCAUCAGAGCUUUCGGCUGGGACGAUGGAUGGAUGCUCUUCGCUCAGCUCAUGCACACUAUGAACGCUACGUGCGCUAUCGGCGGUGCCCUGACAGGCACUGGCAGACUUACAAAGGAUCUCAAACCUGAUGGUAUGAUGAUGGCAUUAAGAUUCUGGUGGAUUUGUUACUUCUCAUACUGCCUUUGCAUGAUUGGUGCCAAAGUCUCUGUUGGCUUGUCACUCCUCCGUUACACGCCAACGACCCAGAAAAUGUUUCGCAUAAUCACCCACGCCGUCAUCUACACCAGCGUCGUAAUGGGUCUAAUCUACGGCCUCCUCGCAACAUUUCAGUGCAAACCUGUUCAGUUCUUCUGGACCAGAGCACUUGGAGAGAAAGGGACAUGCAUCAGCAUGGACAUCAUCAUAGCUUUCACAUAUGUGAUGUCCGCUAUCUUCGCAGUCUGCGACUUUACCUUCGCGAUCCUCCCGGUCUUCCUGAUCAAAGGCCUAAAUAUGAGCCGGAAUCAGAAGUUCGCUCUCAUUCCUAUUCUGAGCAUGGCAUGCGUUGCAAGCUCAGCCGUGAUCGUCCGCCUAGCCUACGUCCCAACCUUUAGGGACCCCGAAUUUCUCUACGCAACCGUACCCAUCGCCAUAUGGUCCGAGAUAGAGAUGAGUCUAGCUAUCACUGCUGGCUCGCUACCUACCUUACGCCCACUGUACCGAGUCGCCGCCAGUAAGUUCAGCUGGAAGACAAGCUUUUUCAGCGCACGCAGAUCUGGCCAUGUCUCCAGAGCAACUCUCACGAUUGGUGGUACUGCAAUUAGCAGGAAGGAGACUGGUUACAUUUCUUGCUCAGAGUCGGAGCGCAAGAUCGUCAACGUGGAGAGCGAGGAAUUUGCCCUUGAGGACCAGAGUCCCAUAACGGAGCCCAGGUUCAUGGGUGGUAUUACCAAAGCCACCCAUGUCCAGGUCGACUUUGAGGAUGACCACAAGGUUUGA